GAGAGGUUUCUGAUGGUGACUAAUAACGGUGUGCAGGACAGAUUUUGGGAAGGUGGAGCUUCUCCAGUGCGCUUUAUUUAGCGGGAUUUGGGGAAAUGCGCGGAUGAUCGCGUUCCUCAUUAGCGCGCGGCUCUGCGUUCAUCAGACUACACUUUCUCAGUGAGGACACGAGAGAAUUUUCUGCACCAGACACCAUGGAUGAGGACUUUGAACGCCGCAGGGAGCUCCGGAGACAAAAGCGAGAAGAGAUGCAAAGAGAAGCAGAAAAGAUGAGCUACGUAAAACUUGAUGAGGAUGAUGAAGAGGCUGCUCGAGAGAGAAGGAGGCGAGCCAGACAGGAAAGGCUGCGCAACAUGCAGAACGAGGAGAUUAGCAACACUGCCAAAGAACUCAACAGCACUGACAGCACUGUAACAGACACAGAUUCAUCAGCACUGAUUACCGCUCCAGCCACUAGUGAGGAUGACCAGGCUCUUCUGGAGCGGCUGGCCAAGCGUGAGGAGCGCAGACAGAGGAGGAUGAAGGAAGCCCUGGAGAGACAAAAGGAGUUUGACCCCACCAUCACUGAUGGAGAAGCCACUGUCACCACCACCACCAGUGAGGACAGGCCAAGCCGCAGGAGCCGUCUCAGGGAUGAAGAAGGGGAGACAAACAAAAACGAGGUUCCAUCCUCAGAGACCAACUCCUGGACAGAGAAGGAAGAAAAGAACAAGGACGAGAAUGUAGAGGAGUCAAAGGUGGAGGUUCAGGAGGCAGUCCCAGUAAAGGAAGAACCUGUGCCAGAACCAGCUUCAGAGGAACCAAAAGACAAACAAGAAGACACUGUGGAGAAGAAAGAGGAGGAAGCAGAGAGGCCCCGGAGAUCCUACCUCAGAGAACAGGGAUCCACUGAAGAAAAAGACAAAGUGUCAACAAACGAGGUUGUGGAAGAAAAGCCUAAACCAUUCUUUUUGCGUGACAAAAACGAAUCAGCGAGGCAGCAGAAUGAAGAGGACACCUCUAAAUUCAAGAAACCCGAGAAACCAUUCGGCCGCGUGGGGCUGCGCUCUCCUGAGGUAGAGAAGCCGGACCCUGUGGCGAAGCAGGAGGCCGAGCGGAAGUUGGUGGAAUUGAAGCGCCGAAGGAAUGAGACGGAGAGUGAUGAGUUUGAGAAGAUGAAGCAGAAACAGCAGACGGCUGAGGCUGAGCUCGAGGAACUGAAGAAAAAGAGAGAGGAGAGGAGGAAGAUCCUGGAGGAAGAAGAGAAGCAGAAAAAACAGGAGCAGGAAGAAAAGAAGGCCAAGGAGGAGCAAGAGAGGCAGAAGAUGAAGGAAGAGAUCGAGCGCAGGAGGGCCGAGGCAGCUGAGAAGAAACGGCAGAAAGAGGAAUCUGCUGAAGACAGCAAGUUGGCGUUCAAAUGUCUGUCUCCAAAAGGAGCCUCAACAAAGAUUGGCGAGAAAGCAGGAUUUCUGAGCAAGUCGGCCCUAAAAACAACAGUAAAGGCGCCACACACUCCAAUAGUGUGUAAGAUAGGUAACAGGCUGGAACAGUACACCUCAGCUGUUCAGACUAAGGAUGUGAAGUCACCUAAGUCUCCUAAGGACUUUCCUGUGGCAGAGGGAAUGCGCAGCAUCAAGAGCAUGUGGGAGAAAGGUAAUGUGCAGAGCCCUGCUGCUCCAGGACCUGCCAGUCCUGCCACCGUCAACAAGGAAACAGCUGGAUUGAACACAGGAGUGACAGGUCGCAUCAACAGCUGGAAGACCAAGACUCCAGAAACAAAGGCUCCUGAAACCAAGCCACCAGAAACAAAAACCCCUGAAACAAAGAGCGAACCAAAGCCGACUGAUGUGUCUAAAACACGUGGCCUGUGGGAAACCAAGGGCUCCACCCCCUCCAAGGUGUUUGGACUUAAGACAGCAUUUACGAAUGGUACAAGGAAGUAAACACCAAAGCAAACAACGAGCUUUUGAAACAAGACAAGAUUGCUGCAUACUGCAUACUUUUUAUACUUUAAUAUCCUCCAGUUGUGUAUAAAAUAAAAAUUAAAAUGCAUGGAAUAAUUACAAAGAAUAAUGUCAUAACAACAGCAUAAGCACAUGUACACCUGUAUCUGAGAUCCUGUUUACACCUGGUCAUUUAAUGCCUCUCGUAUCUGGAUUUUAUUCUGUUAAGAUUUUAACCACAUGCAUUUACACUUCACAGUGCCAGAGAUCUGUGGCAUUGUGAGUAACAUGGAAACCAGCUUCUAACAUUUGACCGCCAGGUUGUUGUAUUGUUCCUCACUUCCAGAACUUUUAUUUAUAAAAUGGUUUCCACAAUUAAAAGUAAUCACCUCAAUGUUACAGUCUUCAAAAAUAAAGCUCCUAAAUGGUUAAUUAGACAGCUAUGGGUAACUAAGUAUAACUAAGUAUUGGGAUGUUUUUUUUUUGUGGCUUGUAGAGUCACAUGGAUAUGUGUGGUGCUCUGGGAAAACCCAUCAAAUACAACAGUUACAAGCUUUUAUUUACUAAAGCACAAGAAAUUGUGCAUUUUGUCCAUUUAUAGUUAUACUGUAUUUAAUGUUGUGGAAUGUCUGCAAACAAUUUAGUUCUUGUUACCAUUUAUGUUAUCAGCUAUAAACAGUCGUUCCCUCAACAACCUCACCCUUCAUCCUUCGUCUCUCUCUCCUGAAGUUAAUAAGACAGAAAAAUACAGCUUUUUACUGAUAAACCACAAAGUUCUCUGUCCUUAAGACUUUCCCAUCGUGGAAAACAUAAACAGCUUAGCACCUGACUGUUACAAAGUGCUCGCACUGGUGACUCUUUCCAUAAAUGGUAAAUAAACGGCUGUUCAAACAUGAAUUCUGACAAGUAGCCAGAAACAAGUAGACAAAACGUCAGGUGCUUUUGGCUAAAAUGAGGUUUUUAAUGCCUAUAAUAUGAUAAAAUAUAACUUUAAGAAACUUUAUUUCACUAAACUGACACAGAAUGUUUUUAAAUGUUUAUUUUAACCUUGCCUAGUUUAACUUCCUGCAGAGAUCAUGUGUAAAGAGUCAGUUUAACAAACACGGUGGUAAAAAGAGACAGUCUGCCUAAAGAUGUCUAAAACCUUGCUAGCUAAGUGUGAUUUCCUCACACAGUGAAGUCAUGCUUUAAUCAGGCCAUUGGAUAGUUAAUAGUCAAAGUGAAAUGGACAUAAGUCUAAUUAAUUCUGAUUGUAAUCAGAUACCAGCUGACAAAAUGUCUGUGAUGCUCCUGUACCUCAGUCUGAAUGAAAUCCUUAAAUUCAACUUUCUCCUUUUCCACUUUUCAUAUUUUUUAAGAGAAACCAGACUUGAAUAAGAAAUGCUUGAAUAUUUGUGGUUAAAAUGCAUGCAAAAGGGAAACAUAGUUCAGUUCAGGAAAGUCUGUGGUUUUCAGAAUUAUACAGAGUAGAAAAUGUCAGAGUGUUCACCAGGUGAAGGGUUUUCCCAGGCCGCCGCACAUUUCCACUUGUAUGUAUAAAAUUUUCUCAGAUCUCCUGAACUUAUUUGGAUUCAUAAUUGGAUUUGAACACGUUUUAAAUUUGUCUCAUGCCCAUUUCCGCUCAUGCCUUUAUAUGAACAAUCUCCAUCCAUCUAUUAUUCAGAUAAAAUGCAAGAAGUGACGAGGUGAUAACUGGGUCGAAGUGCAUGGUUCUGUGUUUUAUUGUAUUUUUAUGCUUUAUACAGUAAAUUUGCCUGGAAAGAUUAUUUUGGUUACCAAAAAAUAUAGAGAUGCUUGCUGUAUUUUCACGCAAGUGUCAGUGGUAAUCACUAAUCAUUCGAUCAAUUGAGCAUUUGUUUCAGAGCGUCGGGCUGAUUGUACCUGCGUAAUGAAGAGAGUGAUGUCCAGUUUUGUCUGAGUUUGGCUUUUUUCAGGUCACUGCAUGGCAAAGCACAGCUAUAAUAUCAGCUUUUAGGCCCAGUGUAGCAUUCACAGUAUUCACAGUAUUUAAUACGAUGCUGCCAUACUAGCCACUUUAAAGGUUGAACGAGUCUGUUUUAAUUUUCACAGAAUAGUUUGUUAUCAGGUUGCUGGUCUCUCUGAGAAUCAUAGAGCAUGCAAAUCAUCAUGCUUUAUCAGCACGCGUCACAUAUAAACCACCUCGAAUUUCUGAGUAACAAAAUGCAAAUAGGCUUUACAAGUACUGCAAAUUACAAUCUUGGAUGAUCUCUGCCUUAUUAAAUCAGAUUCCUAAUAUAGAAAAGAGUGUCCUUGAGUGUCCUGGCUGUAUCGUGUACCAAAGUGUAACAAAUAAAAUCGAUUAUUAAGAUGCUGA